AUGCUUCCUUCUCGUACUUUCUUGACUGGUGUGACCCAUUCAGUCGUCGUUGGACGCGGCGGACUUCACUUCGACCCCGAGAAUGUUGUUGCUGAGAUCGGUGACACUAUCGAGUGGCACUUCACUGCUGCAAACCACUCCCUGGUUCAGUCCGACUUUGCUCACCCCUGCCAGCCACUUGCUGAUGGCACUGGCUUCUUUUCUGGCUUCAACUUUGUUACUGCUGAGGGCCAGAACCCCAAUGUCUACCAAAUCACCGUUGUCGACAAGUCUACCAUCUGGUACUACUGCCCUCAGCCAAAGGGAGCGCAUUGCGUGAAUGGCAUGCUUGGCGUGAUCAACCAGGAUUUUAGUGGGGAUAAGACUCUUUCGAACCAGAAGGUUCUUGCGAAGACUGCCGAGCUCAUCAUUCCUCCCGUCAUCCAGGGCGGCCGCGUUGGUGGCUUCCAGAGGGCCAACCCCAAUCCCCUCAGCGGUUUCUAA